UUAACCUAUGUUGUUAGGCAUCUAUGACUAUGUGCAAGGUCAAAGAGUGUGGGCACGAAAUUGGACGACAUUAAGGAUGAAAUUUCUGUUCAGUUCCAAAAGGAUGAACCAACCUCUAAGAGCAUGAUCUCCUUAAGACCUGGAGUUGCAAGAAGCCACUCUAUAAAUUGAAUCCUUCCUGAUAUUCAGUCUGAUCAACAUUAAGUUUAUUCUACGACUCUCCAAAAAAUGGUAGUACUGAGAAAACCCUUCUUCGUCUUCAAUUUCUGUUUCAUCACUGCUCUACUAUUCUUUUCUCUGCAACAUGUUGGUUUUACUAGUGCAGUUAGUAGACCAUCAAAACCCAGGAGAAGAACACCAGCGGCUCACACAAGAGCACCAGGAGCUUACACAAGAACACCUGGAGCUCACGCCACAACACCAGGAACUCGCCCAAGAUUGCCAGGAGCUAACACAAGAUCGCCAAGAGGUAACACUAGAAUAUCUGGAGCUAAGAUGGGGCAGUGGAAAGUUCUCCUCAACAGUACUGGUGUGGUUGCCAUGCACAUGACGUUAACCCCCCGAAACACGGUUUUGAUGUUGGAUCAGACGGAAACAGGUCGAUCUGGUUACCUUCUACGUGGAAGAAGAUAUAGAGGGGCAGUUUGUUCUUCCUCAAAUGUCCAUGACUCCGCUUGCUGGGCUCACUCUGUUGAAUAUGAUAUUAAUGCCAAUAAGAUCAGGGCAUUACCAGUUCAGACUGAUACAUGGUGUUCCUCUGGUGCCUUUUUGAGCAAUGGAACUCUUCUUCAGACUGGUGGACAUGGUAAUGGUUAUCGAAGAAUCCGAUACUUCCACCCUUGCACAAAUCGCCAAUGCAGUUGGAUACAAUCAAGUAACUCCUUGAUGAGUAAUCGAUGGUAUGCUUCAGAUCAGAGGCUUCCAUCAGACCGAGUUAUUGUUGUUGGUGGAAAAGAUGUUUUCACUUAUGAAUUCGUGCCUAAAUUUUCUCGGAACGAGAGAUCUUUUUCUCUUCCUUUCUUACAAAGGACAUACGAUAGCGGGGAAGAUGGAAACAAUCUAUACCCUUUUCUUCAUCUUUCUUCAGAUGGUAAUUUAUUCAUCUUCGCGAACCGUGACUCCAUUCUUUUGGAUUAUAGGCGAAAUAGAGUGAUGAAGACCUAUCCUAGAAUACCUGGGGAUGGAGCUAGGAACUACCCGAGUUCAGGUUCUUCGGUAAUGCUCCCUCUAAAUUACAAGGAUGGGUUUCAAAAGGUUGAAGUUAUCGUAUGUGGGGGUUCCUCCAAAGGAGCUUAUGAAGCUGCAAGAGGUGGAAGAUUCCUCAAGGCUCUCAAUAAUUGUGGAAGAAUGGUGAUUUCAGGGGUGAAUCACAAGUGGGAAAUGGAACAUAUGCCUGCACCUCGCCUUUUAAACGACAUGAUUUUACUUCCAACAGGCCAGAUAUUGAUUAUAAAUGGAGCCAGAAAUGGAGCUGGUGGAUGGAAUAAUGCGGUACGCCCUUCCCUUGAGCCAUACCUCUAUAGCCCAAAGAAGAAAUGGGGUCGUAGGUUUUCUGUUCUCAAGGCUACAAAAAUACCUAGACUUUAUCACUCUUCAGCUCUUCUUCUUCCUGAUGGAAGGGUUUUAGUUGCAGGAGGGAACCCAAAUAGGAAUUAUACAUUUAGAAAUGUAGCUUUUCCAACUGAAUUAAGGUUGCAGGCCUUCACUCCGCACUAUAUGGAUCGCUCGUACCAUUCGAUAAGACCUAGUAGCGUGUCAAUAAACCUUCAGGACAGUGUCAGGUACGGGGAAGACUUUACCAUCAUAUUCAGGAUUGUAAGGACACCUGGGAAGGUGGUGAAUUUCAAUAUAUAUGCGCCACCAUUCACGACACACUCGAUAUCAAUGAAUCAGAGGAUGUUGAGGUUAAGGUGCAAGACUAUGAUUAGAGAAAGAAGCGGAUGGACUAAUGCAGUUUUAGUAGCACCACCUAAUCCUGUUGUUGCACCUUCUGGUUACUAUAUGCUCACUGUUGUCAAUGAAGGAAUCCCUAGUAUAGCUCAGUGGCUUAAGUUAGAUAGCAUAUGAUAUCAUCGUACUUAUUUGGAGUCUAUACUUCUCAGAUGAUAUAAAGUAUUGUAAUUAGGUGCAUGACUUGAACUGUUGUCAGUCAAGAGUAUGUGCCUACCUGUAAUAUCGAACCUAUCUAUGUUCUCUUACUAAAACUGUUGGAAAAUAUACUAAGUAAUAAUACAGUGAAUAAGUUAGUUAAGAGA